AUGGAUAUGAACUUCGGCUUCUGCAAUGACGCCUUCUUCGAGCAAGGCAACAGAUCAACGGAUAAGGAAGACAUAGAGGAGCUGAAAAAAGGAGAGUCGAACGAAAUAACCAAAAAAAACAACGAAUUAGGAGAGGAAAAAGAGCUACCCAAAGAACUAUGUGUCCCAGUUACGAUCAAAUUGUUAUUGAACAAAAUGAUGAGUCAUGAAGAAUUUAAAAUUCAUGACUUUCAAAUAAGUGGCAUUAUAGUCUUCGGAAAAGUAUGCAAAAUUAAGGAGUUGGCUAGUGCCAUCAUUUUUGAAAUUUGUGAUUAUACUGGAAAUAUUGAAGCCAAAUAUAAUAAGGACGCGAAAAAUGAAAAAGUGAAAGAUCAUAUAGAAAGCAUAAAAAUAAAUGACCACAUUAAAGUCGUAGGAGUUGUUUACUCCCCGGAGAGUAAAACAGAGCAAAUACAAAUAAGCAUAUCAUACAUUAACAAGGUGGAAGAUUGGGUCUCGUACUUUUCCUAUUUCACCUCUGAUGUUAUCUAUUGCUACUUAAAGCUUUUAAAAUUAAAAAAUAUUUACACUCCCAACGGGGUCAAUAAUGAAGAUAAACCCUGGUCUCACGUAACUUUAGACACAUACUACAAUCAGCUAGAUGACAUCGACACGGACAUCAUAAAAUACUUACACACGACAAGUGAGAAAUAUGCGAACCAACAGGACAUCUUCGAACACCUCAAAAAGUAUCACUCAGAAAUGAACAUAAAGAAGUCUCUCACGAAGCUUAUUGAGCAGUACGAUUUGGCGCAGUACGAGGAUAUCAUAAGUAUACCCUAA